UAGUGAGCAUCUCUGUCUAUUUUUUUCCUCAAAUUUUAAAACACAAAAUUACUAUAAAUCUGUUCUAAGAGGUUGCCCAAUUCUAAUUCCAUAUAGAUCAAGAUAUUUAAAUCAUCAUUCCACUAAGUGCUGCAGAAUCUGGAUUUGUUACAUGUAAUCAUUUAAGUAGUCUAAAUAAAUGAUGGCUAUAAUUCAUACCCUUGUAAUUCUUGAAAGUAACAGCUAAAUCAGAACCAUAGAACUCGAAGUGAAAAUUCUGAUAAUGGCAAUGGUCUUGGGAGAGCAGAACUCUUUCCACGAAGGGUCUGGGAUGCCUCAAGGGGAUUAAGCAGCCAGAACCUAGCGUCUCCCACUAGAAGCCAUUCAGAGAUUGUAACUCAGAGCCAUUCAGUGGAUAGCUAAGAAAUUUGAAGACUUGAAGACAGGUAACCUAAAAACUGACCCUGGUUUCUGAGAAAUUGGAUGGAAUGAAUCACUCCACAGUAACAGAGUUUGUGUUUUUGGGACUCACUAAUUCAUGGGGGAUUCAGCUCCUCCUUUUUGUCUUUUCCUUUUUGUUCUACUUGGCAAGCAUGAUAGGAAACCUUGUCAUUAUGUUCACUGUAACCUUGGAUGCUCAUCUGCAUUCCCCCAUGUAUUUCCUCCUGGCUAACCUGUCAGUCAUUGAUAUGAUUUUUUGCUCAAUCACAGCCCCUAAAAUGAUUUGUGACAUUUUUAAGAAGCACAAAGCCAUCUCCUUUUGUGGAUGUAUUACUCAGAUCUUCUUCAGUCAUGCUGCUGGGGGCACUGAGAUGGUACUGCUCAUUGCCAUGGCCUUUGACAGAUAUGUGGCCAUAUGCAAACCUCUCCACUACCUGAUUAUCAUGAGUCCAAGAAUGUGCCUAUACUUUUUAGUCAGUUCCUGGAUUGUUGGUUUUAUCCACUCAUUGCUUCAAUUAGUUUUUGUGGUAAACUUGCCCUUUUGUGGCCCUAAUGUAUUGGACAGUUUUUACUGUGACCUUCCCCGUUUCCUCAGACUCGCCUGCACAAAUACCCAAGCCUUGGAGUUCAUGGUUAGUGUUAAUAGUGGGCUUAUUUCUGUGGGAUCUUUUGUCUUACUAGUCAUUUCCUACAUUUUUAUUCUAUUCACUGUUUGGAAACAUUCUUCACGAGGUUCAUUCAAGGCCCUCUCCACUUUGUCAUCUCAUAUCACUGUGGUAGUUUUGUUCUUUGGGCCGCUGAUGUUUUUCUACACAUGGCCUUCUCCCUCAUCACACCUGGAUAAAUAUCUUGCUAUUUUUGAUGCAUUUAUCACUCCUUGUCUGAAUCCAGUCAUCUAUACAUUCAGAAACAAAGAGAUGAAAGUGGCAAUGAUGAGACUGUGCAGUCGUCUUGUUCAUUACAGGAAGAUUUUGUAAAUAGGUUGGCUUUGAUGACAUGAAACUAUAGGUCCUCCCUCAUGCUGGUCGCAGAGAAAACAUUAUGCAAUUUCAGAGAAACAGUCAAGACUUAGGCGAUGUUAUAUGCCUAGAGAUCUAGUAUCUAUUAAAUUGUGGUAUCUGUUUCAAUGUUAAAUCAGAAAUGAUGUUAUUCUUUGACACUCUGUAUAUCAAAGUGUUAAAGACAAAGUCACAUGUGUUUUCUAACUUACAUGGUUUAAGAGCACAUAAUAUUUUAUCUUUUCCUAUUUUGGACAGAUUAUUCUAUGGAUACAUGGAAUAUGAAUACAUAUCAUUUUUAUCUAUUUACUACCUACAUAUUUUGAUUUAAAUAUUUUCCUACUCUGUUUGUUUCUUAUUUCCCCAGUAUCAACAUAUUUUCCCUCCUUACCAGGCUUUUCUCUCUCUGUCAGUAUAGGGAAUUGUUAAUUCUAUGUUAGAAUUUUGAAUUUAAAGCUACAAUGGGUAUUGUUCUAUUCCUCUCAGUUGUCCAUGCUAAAACCCAGAACUGAGGGGUGGGUGACUGGAAUUUGUCCGAAGGCAAACAGCCAGAAAUCACCAGAGAUAGCCAUGCACCAGAAACUGUCUCUGGUUGUUCCUUGGUCAGUGCCCUUGCAUUUUCAAAUCAAUUUUGUACUUGAAUUUCUGCUCAUACUUCACUCUUCUAACUUUUUCCUCUAAUUCUGUUUGAGGAGAGAUCUUUACACUGCCCAUUUGUAUUCCUUCUUUUUAGUAAAUUUUCAUUAGCGUUUAGCACUUCUUUAUCAAUUCUAAAUCAUUUCUUAAUUUCUACUGCUACCAUACAUUUUCUUGUUCAGGACCUACCAAAGCUGAAUUUUAAACCAUUGUGUUAAUUAUGAAGAAAAUGUUUAAAAUUCACUAUUAAGAGUAUUUUUUUGGUCUACAGUGGUGUUCAGAGAGAUCUUUGAUUAAAUUCUAUUUUUUAUGUCUGAUGUUUCUCUCAAAUACAAUUAAUGAUGUUCUUUUUUUUUGUGGAAAACAAUGUGAUUGAUGAAUUAUAUAUUCUGCUUAAGUAAGUCACGCUGAAAUCAUUGUGCUUCUCCCAGAAAAAUAAAUUUAAAAUAUUUUAACAAAUAAGAAAUAAAAUAUUUAUAAAAUAUGUGUGUGGGUUUCCUUUUUCCAGAAAUUGUGCAGUCUAAGUCAAGGUAUUGUUUUCAGUAUUUUACCUUGAAUUUUAUGACACAUAUAUCCUAAUUAUCCCCAUUUUAUAGAGGAAGGAUCUGAGGCACAAAGAUGUUAAAUGUUCUCAAGGUCACAAUUGUCCAAAACUGAAUCAGAAAAAAUUAGAGAAUCUGAAUAGACAGAUUCUCAAUUUCAUAGCUAAUGAAAUUGAAGCAGUAACUAAAAAACUCCCAACA